AAACUUCUCAAUCAUGGCCCAUUUAUAUGAGCAUUAUGAGAAACACUUGUAGAGUUUUUGGUGUGGACGCAUGAAACAUUGAUGGAUUUCUUACCGGAAUGUUUGGCCCCGUGCGUACUGUUGUUGGGACAGCUUGACAACACCGCCCUGUCAAGAUUCCUUUGAUGUCUUUACAAUGUUUGUCCAGUUGCUUAGCGCAUGGUGCUGCUUCAUAAAAGUUUCAGACACUGGACAACCAUGGGGGCGGUCAGAGGCGCUGCCCUUCCUACCUCUAGUCACACCAAAACCGAUAUUGCGUCUCUCUAUCUGUGUAGUGAGUUGACUCCGCACGCCUUGGAAGUCAGCGUAGAUCUAGCCUGAUUUUUUUUGUUGUUGCAGUUUUUUGUUUUAGUCUAACGGUUUUGCGAUUUUAUCAAACCAAAGUGGAUUCACGGAUGUUAUUUUUGUCCUCUUAUUCGAGGCUACUUGUUGAAUCAAUGUACAGCGCAGAGGGAGAUCUUUUUGAACAAUGGUUUAUUCAUCUGAAAUUUGAGAACCGUUUCUCUUGCGUGGCGAGCGACAAAUUGGCACUUGUACCCAGAUUGGUUACGCACAAACUGGAUGGCUGCAUUUGAACAGAAUGGACGUAUUUUUCUGAGGGGCUGCACGGAAGUUAUGGAACUUGUUGUUGAUGGAUGACUUUCAUGAAACGUUCCUUUUUAAAAUGAAUAUAUCUUCCCUCAGCCGUCGAGGGGUUGGAGGUGGAAAGAACGUGGACACAAACCAGCCAAAAGCACUUAUAUACCCAAAAGGACUCUUAUCAGGACGCGUUGGUUGGUCCUCUCUUGUGUUUUUGGUUUGCCUCUGCGUAUUCCCACAACAGACGUGGAGUGCAAGUCUAGCUGGUUCCAAAGUGGAACAUCCAGGAGUUUGUCCCAACAAGCUGAAUGCUAACCUUUGGGUUGACGCACAAAGCACUUGCGAACGGGAAUGUGAAGUUGACGAGGACUGUGCUGGCAUUGAGAAAUGUUGCACCAAUGUGUGUGGACUCUUCAGCUGUGUGGCCACCCGUUUCUCUGAUGGCACCCCUGCUCAUCCGGAUGGCCAGGGCGGAGGAGAGAAGGGCUCCGGUGGCCAGGGCUCCAUCGCCACCUGCCAGGGCUUCAUCUGCAGCCAACAGGGGGCCACCUGCGACAUCUGGGAGGGCCAGCCCAUCUGCAAGUGCCAGGACCACUGUGAGAAGGAUCCCAGCUUCACCUGUGCCUCCAACGGACUCACCUACUUCAACAAGUGUUACAUGGACGCUGAGGCGUGUACACAGGGUGUGAUGCUAACUGUGGUGACCUGCCGGUUUCAUCUAUCUGGGCCUCAAACAAGUCCACUCCCCGAGGACACAACAGCCAAUCCAACGCUGACGUCCUUCCUGGAAGACCCCAUUCCCCCAACGCUCUUCUCCAACCCCAGCCACCAGUCGGUCUACAUAGGCGGCACGGUGAGCUUCCACUGCGAUGUAAUGGGUGUCCCGCGGCCCGUCGUGACCUGGGAGAAGCAGAGCGAUCGCCACGAGAGCCUGGUAAUGCGGCCCGACCGGAUGUACGGCAACGUGGUCAUCACCAACAUCGGCCAGCUAGUCGUCUACAAUGCCCAGGUGUGGGACACAGGCAUCUACACUUGUGUCGCCCGAAAUGCAGCCGGGGUCCUCCGCGCUGACUACCCUCUCUCUGUCAUCCGUCGGACCGAGGACGACAUCUUCUCAGAGGACCACGAGAUGGCGGGCAUGCCCAUGGGGCCCCCGUUUUCGCCUGCCGAUUGCCUGGCGGAGGUGGACCGGCGGGAGUGCUCCACCGAGCGCCACGUUGACUGGUACUACGACGCUGAGCAAGGUACCUGCCUGGCCUUCUCCAACGGGGGCUGCGAUGACAGCCGUAACCGCUUCGAGACCUACGAGGAGUGCCAGGCAUCCUGUCAGAGGGAGGGGAUGGGGAUCUGUUCCUUACCUGCGGUCCAGGGCCCCUGCAAGAGCUGGGAGGCCCACUGGGCCUGGAACUCCCUCUUGAAACAAUGCCAGGCCUUUGCUUAUGGCGGUUGCCAGGGCAAUGGCAAUCGCUUCCAAUCCAAGAAGGAGUGCGAGGCAAACUGUCCGCAGUCCAAACGACGAGCGUGCAAAACAUGCCGGGUCAAAGGUAAAAUCGUCCCGAGCCUGUGCCGGAGCGAUUUCGCCAUUGUCGGACGAUUGACGGAACUGAUCGAGGACCUCGAUUCUGGGAUCGCCCGGUUCAGUCUAGAGAAGAUCCUCCGCGACGAGAAGAUGGGCUUGGCAUUCUUUAACACCCGCCACCUAGAGGUGACCCUGGCUAAGAUGGACUGGAGCUGCCCCUGCCCCAACAUCACCAUGGAGGAGGGCCCCCUAUUGGUCAUGGGGGAUGUACAGGACGGCAUGGCCGUAAUACAACCCAACAGCUACGUCAGACCCAUCUCCGAUAAGAGGCUUAAGAGGAUUCAUGAAGUCUUGGAGAAGAGGACCUGUGAGAUGCUGCAGAGGUUCCGGGACUAGGGGCUCUAUUCAAUUCGUAUCUCAGAAGUUCAGCGUUACAGUGCGAUUUAUAUUUAAAGGCAAUUCUCCCGCAUUAGAGGAUACUGCAUUUACGGUAAACACUGCAAAUGUCAGCUCAAUAGGAAAUUACCUUUACAUUUCUAUCACGCGAUCUGUAACGCUUCAGCGAGACAGAUUGAAUAGAGCCCUAGGACUGAUCACCUCAACUUGGGUUGUCAGAGCAAGACUAAUAUACAAUGGCAUACCUCUACAAUGACAUUUUCUAAAAUGGAAUGCACCGUACAGGUUGUGAGAAACUCUUUGGUGGAGUUUGUGCCAUGAGUACUGUAUCAAAUUACAGUGCAUUUCUUUCUGAUACUUUUCAUUGCCAAAAAAAUCAAGCACUGACUUUUCUAACAAUACCAAUGUUGUACAUAACACAAUCAAAUCGAGAUUUGUAAAUACCAUUAUUGAAAUAGGUUUAUUCAAAUGUAAUGUUUCAUGUGUAAGAUCAUUUGUAUUCACUGUAACGUGCCGUACUGUUUUCUAGUGAUAAUUCUGAAGUGGUGUAAUGUUUCUCCUCUUUUUUUAAAUCCCAUAACUUCAAUGCUUACUUCUUAAUAGUAAAUACUCCAAGUUGAUUGAAAAAUGUAAGACUUUUUUCUACACUUUUCUGAUGUGGGUGUCAUGCAAAAGCACCUUCCUACAACAAUCCUAUUCAUUUUAAUCAAUAAAGGCGAGCACCAUACAUUUUGAAGUUACCAAA